AUGUCCAACCAUUCCAUCCCAAUAAACAAGGCCAAGGCCAUCAGCAGUUGGAAAAAGAAGGUAGAUGUCCAAGCAAAAAACAAUAUUGCGGUUGGCAUCCCAGAUAUUGAGUCCCUCUUUCUGGAGUGUGGAUAUGUGAUGCAUUCCGACACAUUGAAACGAGUCCAAAUUCUUCGGCUUGUUAGGCCCAGGGAUAAAAUCACCAGGGCGGACAUAAAUCUUCUGGUAGCGCUUGUUGGGGGCAAGACUCACAAUAAUCCAUACAUACAUCCAACAAUCCAAGUCUUUGUGUUCAUAAAGUUGAGCACCAUCAAGCAACACCAUAAGAACGAUGUCACUCCCUUUAAUAUCACCAUCAAAGACUGGCCCAAGAUGGGAGGUGAUGCCCUGAGUGCACUCAUGGAGGUGACACAUAUUGCGAGCAGAUUGGGGAUCUUGAUAUUGUGCUUGGAGCUGGGGACCAAGGGGAAUAGUGGUGAAUUUUUUUGCAGCCAUUCUGGACAUCCCACACACAGGAAAAGCAUGGAGGUUUUAUUGGAACAUAAUGCAAAGACUCAGUCAGAGGAUGCUAUUCGUGAACUCAAAGAGAAGACUGGAAAUGAAGCGGUGUUCCUUAAGCUCGACCUCGCAAACCUGAAGUUCGUGAAAGCAGCCGCUGAAGAAUUUCUUAGCAAGGAAACACAGCUCCACGUUCUCUUUAACAAUGCCGGCUUGAUGGGACCACCUAUUGACCUUGUAACGGAAGAUGGCUAUGAUCUCCAAUUUGGCACCAAUGUCGUUGGGCACCAUUACUUCACAAAGCUCCUACUUCCCGUCCUCAUCUCUACUGCCAAAACCUGUCAAGAUGGCAAAGUACGCGUGGUGACCACUUCCUCCUCUGGACAUCACUUUGGAAACCUUGACUUCAACACGUUUAAAGAUGGGCCAGCAAGGAAAAAACAAUCUACCAGUGUGAUGUACUCCCAGAGUAAAUAUUUGCUAGUAUUUCACGUUUCUUAUCUUACUUUGCGCACGCUCGUGGCAAGGGGAACAAACACGGUGUUCGCACUGGAGCUCGCAAGACGGUAUAGUAAUGAAGGAAUCGUUUCUAUCUCUUUAAACCCGGGCAACAUACGAUCGGAUCUAACUCGCUACAUCCCUCGCGUCGGCCAAAUCAUACUGAACACCACCAUUUUAUACAGUGUCCAACAUGGUGCUCUCACUCAGCUGUACGCAGGGACGACGGCUGAAGGCGCAGAGCUCAAUGGCCAGUACCUGAUUCCCUGGGCUAGAGUUGGCACGCCACUAGCGGGCACGCAGGACCCAGAGCUUGGAAGGGCGCUAUGGAGUUGGCUCGAAGAGCAGGUCCAGGACGUUUAGCACUUUUAUAGUGAUGAUACACCUGUCGAUGCCGAAUUACUAUGAUGUGCGUGAAGCUCGUGACGUGUGACCUAUGUGACAGCCUUGCAGAAAUGUUCGGGUUCGAUUCGUCAACGUUUCAUGACUGCUUCGGCCUCGGACACGUCGAUGAGGCUCACCGAUAGCCGCAUCUCCAAAGUCCUUUGUGUUGCAUGCAGUGCAUCUCAAAGCCACAUGGUUCACCUUCGAAUCCGCUUUGAAGGUUUGUCACCAUCCGCAAUAGAACAUGGUUUCCUGCAGAAUUCGAGCCAGUGGAUAUAGAACCAUUUGUCACUAUCUUAGGU